AUGCUACAUCGUUGUGCUAUUGGUUCUUCCAAGUUAGGCGACGUUUGCUACCUCGUAACUCUCGUUUCUAACCAGUUUAAAGGAUCAAUGCGGGAGUUCACAGUAGGACCGCCGGGAAUUUCCGAAGGGACGGUGAAAGUCGUUGUGAAAUUGGGAAAUAUAACUGAGGAGAAAGUGGAUGUGAUCUGUGUUAGUGUUGGGAGCACGUUGGAACAUUCGAGGCCUGUUUGGAACGCACUGGCUAAAGCUUGUGGAACAGGCUCUUACAAGUCUGCCUAUGAAAAUGCGCGAGGAAGCCUUACCAGUUGGCUGAGUCGAGGAGAAAUUCUUGUCGUAGAUACAUCAAAAUCAAAGUUGUCAGCGAAUUAUGUUUUUCUCGUCGUUCAUCCUGACGUGUAUCAUCUUGAGCACGCGUACAGAAACAUAUUUCGAGAAGCUGCAUCUCGUGGGUGCAAGUCCGUAGCAGUUCCUGGACUAGGAUGUGGACUUAUUGGUAACAGUGCACAUGCUAGCUGUUUGAAAGCUUGUGAAGUUCUUCAUCAAACCGCUAUUGAAACUCUUGGCAGCAUUCAGCUAGUUGUUUUCAUUGAUGUGAAAGAGAAUGUGGUGCAACAAUUUAUUGCGCAGAUGCAAGCUAAAUUUGAGAGCAUGAGCAGUGCGAAUGAACGUGGAAGUGACUUCGAAAGUUUCGCGAAGCCGCCUACCAAUCUUCUAGAAGACGACUGUGUUAUUUGUUUGUGUCCGUUGUUUGAAUCUGGUGAGGUGUCUGAGCUGCCCUGCGCACAUCAGUUUCACAAAUCCUGUUUGGAGGAGUUUUUGAGAAAUCCGAGCACGAAAAAAAGAUGUCCUCUGUGUCUACGGUACUUGGAACUACCGCUGGGUAACCAACCCUCUGAGGCCCGGAUGAGUAUCACGAAAGUCAAACAUAUCAAAUUGCCAGGUCACGAAGACUGUGGUUUUGUUUAUGAGAUCACUUAUAAUGUUCCGAAUGGAAUCCAAGAUGAAACCCAUAUAAGGCCAGGGAAACCGUACAAAGGAACGUUCAGAAGGGCGUAUGUACCAGGAACCUCAGAGGGUACCAAGGUACUGCGGUUGCUGAAAUUUGCGUUUGAUCGACGUUUAAUAUUCACGGUUGGAGAUUCGUUGACAACUGGUGCAAAAAACACUGUAGUGUGGAAUAACAUUCAUCACAAGACUAACAUAAGCGGAGGACCAUUACACUAUGGGUACCCGGACCCUGAUUACCUUAGCAGAGUGAAGGAAGAUUUAAGUGCCAUGGGAGUAACCGAAGAUAUGGUUCCGGAUGAUAUGGACAUUUCAUUCAGUUAA